CUGUGUUGUGAAUGCUGUCAAACUUUUACACAAACAUCCCAAAAUCAUAAUGAUAUAACCGAAAUAAAAACAAAUUUCAUAUAUCGGAAGAACUGCAGCACUCUAGUGGACGCAGGUAAUGUAUAACAGACAGUGUCAGUUAAUACUGCGUGGGAUUUUGACGUCGCACGGCAGUAGCGGUAAUGUACAGUAUAUUUGUACAAGUUCAGCGCUGAAAAACGCCAACUAUUAUGAAGCACUGGGAAUAACAAAUAGCUCUACACAGAACGAAAUAAAGUCAGCAUAUUAUAAGCUGUCGAUGCAAUAUCAUCCAGAUAAAAAUAAAGGCUGUGAAAUAUCUGCGAAAAAAUUUCGAGAAAUCAGUCAGGCGUAUGAAGUAUUAGGCAACUAUCGCCUUAGAAGAUUAUAUGACAAAGGCAUUAUACAUACAGCAGGAUCUACAUAUGCCCAGCCAACUGAGUAUGAGCCGGAAGUGGAAGACGAUCCUGAAACGAAGUUUUACAAAUCUCGCUUUAAAAAGUCGACAGUAUCCGAUGAAAUGGGCCGCACGCCCAUAUAUGACUUUGAUGAAUGGUCUCGUGCCCAUUAUGGUAAAUCUUUUCAAAGACGACAAGAUGCCAAAGCGCGAUUCGAUCGAAAACAAGCACAGAGUCGCGAUCAUGUGUUCGCUGCACAAAAUGAAAUGGUGCUAUUGGGUCUCGUUUUUGCUGUGGUGGCCAUGUAUGCAAUAUUUUAUGUGGAAUCAUCUUUAGACAACCCAAGAGGGCGUAUCCUUACAGAGACUACGGAGAGGCAAACUAACGUCGAGAGUGAUUCAACAAAUGCAAAUACCAACUCGUCACCCCCUAAAAAAUAGUUGUGAUUAAAUGAAAAGGACAUAGGCAAUGUGUAAAUAAAUCGUGUUUUGAUUAUCUUCAGA